AUGAUUUGUCCCGAUUUCUUAGAAUUCCAGGACAUCUUAAAGAAAAUGCGUAUUCUGGAUGAUAAAAUUGUAUAUGCCUUAAAUACGACAAUACCUACUGAGUCAUUUCAAAAGAAAAUAGAUGCCACUUCAGCCUGUCAUGAUCUGUAUGAACAAAUUCAAAAGGGGCACAGUGAAAGAGAAAAUGUGAUAAAAAAUUGCAUAUUGGUGACCGCUGAUACGGUUAAAGAUCUAAAAGCUGCCAAAGAACAGAAGCCUGAUGAUAUUGAAGUUUUAAAAUCUUUAAAGACUGAACAAAGAAAGUUACGUCUUCUGCAAACUGAACUUAGUGUUGAGGAAGUUAUUAAGGAAAAGACUAGCAAGUUAUUCACAGAAAAAUGUAGAAACUAUUUUAAGCCAAGUAAUUAA